UGGUGGAAUUGGGGAGCAAAAGGGUGGGCUCCCUCCAGCCGGGAAGCCAGUAUCCCCGGUUCCACUCCACGCCCUCUGGGCAAUGUUGCUAGAGGUCAUGGCGGGUGCGGGGUGGGAACUGGGCACUGCAGCCCAGGAGAGGGCGCGCCCUCAAACCCCAGCAUGUCCCAAAGGCAGACGCAAAGGGGCGGCCCACAGUCGCUGACUGGCCCUGAUUGCACAUCGCCCUCCUUGCUGCGGCCUCUGCUUCCUGGCGGCGCGAGUACGGAUUGGCAGCCAGGCUUGUGCCCCGCCGCGUCCGCCCUUCUACUUCCCUCUCCUAAGUCGGAUCCGCCCCUCUCCGCUGGACGCGUAGGGGGCCACCGGCUUGGUCGCAGUGUUCCCGCUGGCCGUGCGCGUCCGCGUCUGGGCUGGUACGCAGAGUAGGCGACGGCGGCGGCGGCUCCCCGGAGCACAGCCAGCAGAGCUGAGGGCUGCGCGCGCCCCUGCUGCCAACGGCGGUCCCGCGGUGGCUCCCACGCCCUGCGGCGACUUCCGCGCCCGCGCUUCCCUUUGUCCGAGUUCCCGAGCGGUGGCAGCGGCGGGGUCGGAGCCCGCGCCCUGGGCGACUGAGGCAGCGUCAGUCCCGGCCCCGGUGCCCCGGCGAUGCCAGACCAGAUCUCCGUGUCGGAAUUCGUGGCCGAGACCCAUGAGGACUACAAGGCGCCCACGGCCUCUAGCUUCACCACGCGCACGGCCCAGUGCCGGGACACCGUGGCGGCCAUCGAGGAGGUGAAUUAUCAACCUUUCGGGUUCAGACCUCAGCUCAACCUGUCUAUGCUUAGCCCAAUACCCCACCUGAAAGGUGAGUUCUCCCCCAGGGCUGGGAGGGGUGAGUGUCCUCUUGGAGGACAGGCUCAAAUGCUAAUGUAGUUCAAAUGCUAAUGUAGUGCAAACCACACCUGAGAUCUGGAAAAGGUCUGGCUCUGGACAGGAAGUACACUUUAACCUUGAGGAAAGGUGAGACCCACUGGCCAAUCAAGGUCUCCAGUCCUACCUGCUAGUCAGACAAGGAGGCGGGAUCUUACGGGUGCCUUCCCCCAAGUUCACUGUGGCUGUGCAGGCUUGAAUGGUUCUCUGUGUCCUGCUCUGAGCUCUGCUGUUGGGUGCUGUGAGAGGACCUCAGGGAAGCUCUGAGUUCGAGACAUGGUGAGCACAGGGUUACUGCCCACAGAGGGUAGGGGCAGGGUGCUGAGCAGUGGAAGUUGGGGUGGUGAGUCCUCUCUGGGGCUGGAUGGGAAGUAUAAGCCAUAUGUGAGCACCUGUGAGGUCUCUCCUAUUGCUCCUCACUUGCUCCAUCGGGGGUGACCUCUGAAUAACUUCCCAAUCAUUGCCCAAAUUGUUUGGACCUUAGUUAGGCUGGCUUGUGAAAACAAGGGUGUUUUCUUUGAGUCUGUAGCACACAUGUCCAAAACCCUUUGUCCUUUAGUAUACACUAAGAAGACAGGUAAAAAUCUAAUAGGUCUGAUUUCAUACAUUAUACUUGUUUUUGUUUUGGUUGUUUAGGUUUUGUUAAUUUUUGUUCUGUUGCAGUUUUUUCAUAUUUUUUGCAUCAUAUGUUUAGUGAGUUGAUUAUUAUUUGACAAAGGGACAUUAAUAAUUUCAGAAUUUUUUUGUGGUUUUAUUGAAAAAUGAUAGACCUCUGAGAGGAUAUUCUUCUAUUUCAAUCGUUUGUAAUUUUCACCUUCACAUAUUUUGCUGAAGUCCCAGUUGUUUAUUGCCACAAGACUUUUAGAAUCCACAUUUUUUUGACUGAGAUAAUCAAUUUUUUCUCUUCCACUUGAAUCCCUGAGAUUCUGUCUUCCUUUCCUGUUCUGCGGGUGAACCUUGCCUCUGUAGUUGUCAGUGUACAGGAAAUCUCAUGUCCUGCUCUUAGGGACUUAGCAACUGCUUAUGUCAUUUCCUGCCUCCAUCCCCUGUGUCUGUUGUCAAGCGUGCUUUAUAUACAUGGACCACCAGCUAUAACAGCUCUCUAUUUUUGUUCCCUGUCUCUGUUCUCUGCACAUGCACACUCUCUGUCAUUUCUCCCCUCAUGGCUCUCUUUCUCCUCCCUGUCUGUGUGCCUGUCUGCAGGUCCUCUUGUGUCCUUCUAUCCCUUCCCCAGGUUCUCACUCCUCUCCCUUCCCCCAAACAACCUCUUUUGCACUUUAUCUGUUGCAUGCUUUAAUUUCUCAGACCUGCUGUGAUGGGAGAGCUUGGAUUUCUUGGUUGCAAUUGUUCCUGGCUGUUACUCUCUAUGUUGCUAUGCUGGUGUGUAGCCAUCCCUGUUUGGGUGAUUAUUAACCUAGGUACUGGCCUCUGGGUUUGUCUUUUUGGGUGGGAAUUUUCUGGGUUACUGUUUGAUGCAUGGAUUUGAAGAGAGUGUUCACUGACAGACAGUUUCCUAUUUUACUGACCUAUUUGGUGGGUAUGGUCAACAGGGGAUGCUUUGUGAUAUUAAAAUCUGGGAGAAGCGACAGGCAGGAACAGAAGAUCUUAGUAAUCCAUAAGGAGACAUAGUCAGGAGAGAGGUCAAGCAGCCCAUGGUGUUUAAUACAAUGUUGGAACAACUGGGAAAAUUGAAUCUGGGGUAAGAAAUCAAUCAUGAAGUUGAUGUAUGGAAGCUUACCUUGUGUCCUUUCAGGCAUGGAAUGUGGUUGAACAGGGAGUAUCUGCCCAAGUGGGGGCUGAGACACAGGGAUGAGGCAGGAAUGGAUGGGCAGGUGGGGAUUGUCUAUGGUGUUUAUAGGAGGCUUGCCCAGGAGGAGAGGAAAUUUCCACUGCUACUCUUUUCCAGUGUUAAGGGCAGCUGAUAUUAGGGUCUGCAGUAACAGAUAGUGAGGUAGGUCUUUGGACAAAGUCUAGUCUGCAGACAGGCAUGGUUGUGGUUAACCAGGAGUUUCUGUUGAUAAUCAGGGGCUCAGGAACAGAGAUGAAGCUUGUAAAGCCCAAACAGUUUGCUUUUUGAGAAUGUACAUUUGUACAUUCCAGCAAAAAAUCCCAUGACAAAAUCCCCUAAUCAACAGCCAGUUAAGGUACAUCAGCAGGGUUAAGCUACAUAGAGAUAAUUAAGACCUCUUAUAGAAAACAAAAACAAAAACAGCUUACCCAAAUUAGUUGUCAGAUUUUUUUUUGCCCCCCCCCCCUCCUGCUUGGUCCUGCACAUUAUUCCAGACAUACAGUUUUAAAAAUAUUACAGUGCUGAUUUGUAUGCAAGCUAAUUUCAUGUCCUGCUCUUUGGGACUUAGCAACAGCUUAUGUCAUUUCCUGCCUCCAUCCCCUGUGUCUGUUGUCAGGUGUGCUUUAUAUACAUGGAGCACCAGCUAUAGCAGCUCUCUAUUUUUGUAAACCCCCCAAUCUUGGUGUAACUACAAUAAAUUCACAAAACCUCUAGACUUGAUCUCUCAGUUUGUACCUAAUGGGAGUUUGACUGCUGAGAGUCCUUGUUACUGAGCUCAUAAAAAGACCUCUGUGUGUUUGCAUUGCAAUAGGCUCUGUGCUGGUAAUUGCAGUUUCUGUGAGUUGGGCAUAAAACCUUGAUGCUUUGACUGGAACCCCAAGACCCUCAGGACUCCCAUCUGAAGGUUUGAAAGACCGCUGUUAGGAUGUGUCACUGCUGUUCUUUGUGUCAGUGACCUGUCUGUCAGAAAUGUGUUUUUGUAACUUGUUUUUUUUUUUUUUUUUUUUUUCUUGAGUACUCGCGGAGGGAGAUGAACAAAGCAAAUGUGGAACUACAGUGAAGUGGAAAUGCUGGAGAGUCAUGGCAAGAAAGGGCUAGGAAGAUGUUCCAGAGCCUGGAACAGGGGUCGUGUGCCCCUGGUCUUAAUUUCUGGGAAGUUAGAGCAGUCUUGGAACCCUGCUCCAUGGCUCAUAGCUGCCAUCCGGUCUUCAUUUUCUCCUCUAUGCAAGUGGAGGAAUCUGCUGGGUAGCCUUCCCAGCCCCCUUGUGGCCCUCUAUUAUGUGUGUGGCAUUUUAGUAUUCUGUGACUGAGAGAGGAAGUGAGACCCCAAUUGAUAUAGUUACUCACCCUCCACCUUGGGUUAAGUCCUUCUUAUCAAGAGGACCUGUACCCAUUAAAUUGUCCCUGAUAGAGAGCUCUUUAUGACCGCAUUCAGGGCAAAAUCAGACUGCAAAACGGUGGAAACGACAAAGACCUCAUUUUGCCCCCUUCUAAACAACCCUGUUCUCAGUCUAUAUGUGACUCUGUAGUUUUGAACUUGGAGCUGUCAGUAUAUGGCAGGCUGUUUUUCAUCCCUUCCAGCAAAGUUAGUAUAUCUUCCUUAGACCAGCAGUCUUAUUUCCAGGUCUGUGGGGCAAUCUACUCCUCUAUUCACCUUCCAGCUGUUUGGCCACCUCUUUGGUCUCCCUGGCCUGGGAAUCCAGGGUUAAGGACACCUCACCACAGGGCAGUGCAGCCUCUCUUCUCCCUAUUCUACUGUAUCCUUCCAUGCUCUGAGCCAGGACCCCUUCCCAUUUUAUCCUGGCUCAGACACUACUCCAACUCCCUGAUGUGGUGGCAGGGGUCCUGUAAUUGAUUUGGUUAGAUCGUUGGUUUUGGAAUUUUACAACUUUCUCAUUUAUUAUUGUCUCUGUGUCAUAGUUGUUUUAACUCAACAUUUCAGACUACGGUCAUCUGAAGGAGCCUCAGUUGCAGGUGUGCCCUCAUGAGAAUGGCUGGUUUCUAUGUCUCUGAGAGAUAGUGUUGAUAAUUGAUAUAGGAAGACUCUCCCAGGAAGGGUGGCAAUAUAGGGAAGCAAGUGGUCGUGGGUUGGAUGAGAGAGCUAGGUGAGCAUUGUAGCCACCUGUGGCCAUGUGAACUGGGUUCCCCAGAAAGGCAGGCUGGGGCUGAAAGAGAUCAGAGGGCAACAAAAGAACAAGGCCAAGACAAACUUUCUGUUCAAAGCCCCUGAAGUUUACUGAGAGUCUCUGCUUAUAAAGAGGGUAGGCCCAUCCCCCAACAGCCCAUUCUUGGUGCCGGGAGCCAGCCCAUAGGCGAUCUACAGGGCUUGUCUCCAGAACCUCUCAAGGACCUUUCAGCAGGAAGCAGUGUCUUGGAGAAGACAAAUAGGGCCAUCAAGGUCAGAAGGCUCUACCCUAGGUGUACUGGCUGGUUUUAUGUGUCAACUUGACACAACUGAAGUUAUCACAGAGAAAGGAGCUUCAGUUGAAGAAAUGCCUCCAUGAGAUCCAACUUUAAGGCAUUUUCUCCAUUAGUGAUCAAGGGGGUAAGGCCCCUUGCGGGUGGGACCAUCUCUGGGCUGGUAGUCUUGGUUCUAUAAGAAAGCAGGCUGAGCAAGCCAGGGGAGGCAAGCCAGUAAGUAACAUCCCUCCAUGGCCUCUGCAUCAGCUCCUGCUUUCUGACCUGCUUGAGUUCCAGUCCUGACUUCCUUGGUGAUGAACAGCAGUAUGGAAGUGUAAGUUGAAUAAACCCUUUCCUCCCCAACUUGCUUCUUUGUCAUGGUGUUUGUUUAGGAAUAGAAACCCUGACUAAGACACUUGGUAAUCUCCUUCUUAGUGGCAGCAAGGUCAAAGUCUGGAUCAGCCUGCUCCAAGGCUGAGGGAGGCUACAGAGCAUGAGAGAGUGACCAAGCAAGAAAGCAAGGCAGGAAGUAGUGUUUGUCAAAUGUUUUUGCCUUCAUUUUCUACCUUCAGUUUCUAGUCUGAGCUCCCAGUGUGGUGGGCUGUGAUCUGACAGAACUGUGUAAAACAAACAUUUAUUACCUGAGAUGCUUCUGCUCAGAGGAAACCAUCACAGCAGCAGAGUUGCAAGGUAGAAAAACAACAUCAACAACAGCAAUUGUUUCAAAAGUUGAUUUUGCUGCUGGACAGAAUCUCUGGUCUCUUUUGAAGGAAUAUGGAAAAUAUCAGAAAUUGAGAUCCCAAAAGUCAUAGAAAGCUGUACAUGGAGCUUAAUUGGUUGUUCCCAUAGGGUUAGGAAGAUUGGAGUCUUGACAGUAAUGCAGCCACAUGAAGUUGAGGUCAUACUAUUUCAGUGGAAAGUCAACUGACAACUUUAGGAAGAGGUCAUUUGUGUGAUAUUUUGGCCAAAAAAAAAAAAAAAUCUUUUGUACUUGGCUUAUGCCCUGAGAUAUUGAGCAUUGAGUAAAAAUUAUUGCCUGAUUUAUAUAUUUUUAUUCGAUUGUUCAAUCUUCCAAUUUCUUUAUUCAAGUUACAUUCUAAUCGGUACACCCACCCAUUCCACCUUCCACAGUCCCUCAUCACUGACUCCCUUUUAUCUCCCCAGGGAGGGUGGGAACCACUUGAGUAUCCCCCAACUAUGGCAUAUCAAGUCUCUGCAGGGUUAGACACAUCCUUUCCCACUGAGGUCAGACAAGGCAGCCCAGUUAUGGAAACAGUUUGCACAGACUGGAACAGCUUAAGGGACAUGCCCUGCUCUGGAUGUUGGGGACCCCAUGAAGACUGAGCAGCACAUCCACUACAUAUAUGGUAGGGGCCUCCAUCCCAGCCUGUGUGUGCUCUUUGGUUGGUGGCUCCAUCUUUGAGAGUCUCCUAGGUUCCGGGUUAGUUGACUCUGAGGGUCUUCUCAUGGCCUUCCUAUUCCUUCAGAGGCUGUCAAUUCUUUCCCCAACUCUUUUAAAAGAGCCCUGUCCAAUGUUAGGGUGUGGGGCUCUGCAUAUUUUUCAGUCAGAUGCUGGAUGGAGACGCUCAGAGGACAAUGAUGCUAAGCUACUAUCUGCAAGUAUAACAAAUUAUCCUCAGUAAUGCCAGCCUUAGUGCUUGCCCAUAGGAUGGGUUACCAGUUGGUCAGGGUAUAGUUUGGCCAUUCCCUCAGUCUCUGUUUCAACUUUGUGCCUGCCUUACUUGCAGACAGAACAAAUUUUGGGAGGAAUGUUUUUUGGUUUUCUUGGUGUACUGAACACUUCACUAGUGGUUCUGCCUGACUACAAGAUGUCACCUGUUCAUGGUCCAUAACUCAAUGCUAUCUAUAUCAGCUAAGAUCACUUCCCUAGCUGCAUUUGUGCCCUCCUAUUCAUAGUCUCAGGCACUUUCUACUGAUGCCCCCACACUAACCCCGCUCCCUCUCAGCAUCUGCUAAUUUCAUUUUCCUGGCUCUCAGGCCUUCCUUUCACUCUUUUCACACCUAUUCCUAACACUCCCCUUCUUCUUUCUGGACUACCCGUCCCAUCCAGUUUUCUCCUUUCUACCUGCCUCUUCUGUCUCUUUCAUACCCCCUUCUGAGUGAGAUUCAACCAUGCUCAUUGUGCCUUUUCUUGUUUAUUGUCUUUCGGUCUAUGAAGUGCAGUGUGGAUAUCCUGUACUUGUGGUUAUUAUUCACUUGUAAGUGAGUAUGUACAUGCAUGUCCUUUUGGGCCUGAGUUACCUCAUUCCAGAUAUUAGUUUCUAGUUGUACCCAUUUCUCAGCAAAAUUCAUAAUGUCCUUGUUUUUUAUACCUGAAUAGCACCCUGUUUUGUAAAUGAAACAUGGUUUUUGUGUCCACAUUUCAGUUGAGGAACAUCUGCGUUCUUUCCUGUUUCUAACUGUUAUAAAUAAAGUGGCUAUGAACUUAAUGGAGCAAAUGCCCUUGUGGGUAUAUGCCUAUGAAGGUACCCUAAUUGUAGCACUUCCUCCUGCUUGCUGUGUUUUAAAUUAAUGGAAGGAGUAUUCAAAGUGUUUCCUCAUCCCAGGAUGGAACCUUAAACAAAACUUGUUACAAAUGUGGUCCAAGCGAGGCAGGGUCCGUUAAUUUAGAAGUCAGACUUUACAGGAUCAUCCAUAUCGUGCCGCUUUUGGAAACUGAAAGAUGAAAAUAGCAUGGUCACAGAUUCUUUCUCUAUGGUUUCAGUUUAGCACCACUCCAGCCAUCUUUUGACAAAGUCAGGAUCCCAGGGAAGACUCUGUGAGAGAUCCUUGCAUUUAAGUGGUGAGGUUGAUGCUUGAGUUGCAUUUUGUGACCACAGGUUGUGGAGAAAACUAACACAUUGAGAAAUCUGCCAUGGAGAGAUGCUUACAGGGAGAUGAAGUACCCAAACUGAGAGAUGUAUGAGAAGUUACAGGAAGAGCACCAUCUAUGCCUUUAGGAAUUGAAGUCCAAUGUGUUAGAGACAAAGCUAUAGGAUUUGGUGUUUGCCCUGCUGUUUUUCUUGCCUUUGUCCAAUCUUCUCUCCCUGUGUGCACAUUCCUAUCGAUUGGAAUGGGAAGGGGUAUUCAGUGCCAUUUUAUGUUUGAAAGAUAUACCUUGCUUUCUGAUUUUGCAAGAUGUGGCUGUCAAGAUAUUAUCUUGAGUGUCAGCAGAGACUUUAGACCCUUGAACAGUGCAGGAGCCUUUCUAGAUUCAUCUUGGGGAAGAUGAAAGUGUAUAUACACUCAAAAUUUCCUUUUUCUUUCUUUCCUUUUUUUUUUUGUUUAUCUUAUAAUUUAGAUAUUCAUUAUCACCCUGAUCACUGUCCCUCCUCUAUGUCCCUGCCCUCACAGACUCCCUCCUCCCAAUCUCCUCUGUUUCUCCUUUGAGCGGAAUUGGGGCCCCCUGUCUAACCCCAGGGAACAUAGGUUGUAGUCUAUUUUUUAGAAUGGCAUAUGCUCAUGACAUCAAUACUGCCUGAGGCUUCAGAGUCAUUGGAUUCUGGGUGUUGAUGUUUCCCCAAACUCUUGUGUUUGUUUUGAAAUUUUUAAAUAAAUAGGAGUGUUUUGCCUGUGUGUGUGAAUAUGAAUAUCAUGUGUGCCUCAUCAUUAGUGUUGUUGGAGGGUGGACUCAGAACUCCUGUUCAUAAAGCCAUGGGUCACGUGAAUGCUAGUAUUGACCACUGUUAUCUGGAAGACCAGCAAGAGCUUUCCAUGGCUGAGUUAUCAUUCUCUCCUGCCUUAUGUUGCUUUUUAUGUUCAACACUUAUAUUACUAAUAUUUUCAUCUGUCCAUUGGUCCACUAAAUGUGCCUUGAUAGCCAGUAAAGUUUUACUAAUGUUGCAGUUUAAACUGGUACACUUCCUGUUUCUGCUAGAUGAGUACAGAAGUGCAGGGAAUGUAUACUUCUUUGUAGGAACUGUAGUAUACAACUGAGUUCUUUCUAUCAUUUUUGUCUCCCUGGUUGAUUUUUGCAGUGGAGUAAGGGUCUUAAUAUGUAACCUCUGCUGUCCUGGAAUGUGUUACAUAGAACAGACUAAGAUCCAGCUCAAUGACGUAUACCUGCCCGUGACUCUGGGAUUAAAGACAUGAACAAAUACACCCUGCUUGUCCAUGAUUUUUCUAGUUGGUGAUUUGUCAUACAAUUUCUAGGAUGUGUCCUCAGUACUGUUGAUCUGUUUCACCCUACAUCUCCCUCUCAAUUGUAAUUCCUCUCGAAAGUCUUUACCCUAUUUAUUUAAAAUGUUCAUAAGCAACACAGGUGAACCUUCAACUCAAUUUCCUUUAAAAUGUUAUGGUACUUAUAUUAUGACGUCUCUGUCCAGAAGUCAGUUGAGGAAGCACCAGAAUUACAUGAAUAUAUGGUCAAGGAAGUGUACGUUUACU